AUGAGGCGCGCUCGCGAGGAGUGCUCACCAGCCUUGCAAGAGUACAUUCGAUGGCUAGAGGCACGUCAGCCAGAGCAAGCAUCCCAACCUUCCGCGUCACGGCAGCACAGCACCACGGUGAACAGCAUGGGCAGCGUGCUCUUUCCAGAGAAUCUCUCACUGCAGUCGGCACAGGCUACAGGCCGAACUGCAAAAACUGUAAACAGCCUUGCGAGCAGCAACGCUGCUGAGCUCAUUGGCGAUCGUGAAGAAGCCGACCGUGCCCUGCGAGAUUAUAUCUUGUGGCUUGAAGUAAAUGAUGCGCGAGCAGCCUCGGGUAGGCGCGCCAGCUUCACCAUCAACAGUCUUGCAAGUUCAGACGCUGUAGAUCUGCAAUCGAUAUAUGAGGCGGAGACAUCCAAGGCAGUCGAAAAGUAUUGUGCUUGGCGUCAGAUGCAGGAGGAAGCUGACAUAAGACCAGCUAAGCAUGCAAGUCUGUCCAUGGAUAGCCUGGCAUCAGAUCUGAUUCCUUCAAGUCCAAGCCCAGAUGCCAUCCAAUGGCUGCUUGAGCAGAAUUCCGGUCACGGUGCAAUGGGCCGCAAAGAAUCCGGCUCAUUAGUGGUAAAUCUGUCUGAAGGCAGCGGGAGUGAGCGCAGCGACAGCAAGAAGAGGGCCCUGACCGUCCUGAGCCUGCCGCCUUUGGAUGAGGUUUCUGACUACGUCGGUGACGACCUGUUCACAAGCAGCGGCAAAAACCCAAGCUCGGGAAACAACACAAUGUCAGCCCGCGUUCUGUCAAGCAGUUCCGGGUCAACCACUCGUGCCCAACUUCUGUCUAAGUCUUCAGGUUCCUUUUCCUCGCGCUCAGGCCGUUCUGAUGCUGCAAGAAGAUAUGUGGAUCCAGGGACUUUGCUGAGCUUUGAGAGCGAGGGAGAUGGUUUGUUGGACGAUCAGCUUCUGAGCAGCGAAGGCAGGGUACGUUUUGGACAAGCAAGCAGACGGCCUCCAAGGGCGUCCGGGGAGCCGAACACGACUGGGAGGGAGUGCCUGGCUUCCCAGAAUCAUGUCCGCAGCUCGGGAUCUGUCAUCAAGCACGAGGCCAUGUGGCCACCAGUAGAUCCAGAGACUUUGAGGAGCUUUGAGGGUGAAGCUUCUGACCAUCUUUCCCAGGAUGAGUUUCCCUUGCGGUCCUUGCAGAGUAUGGACCGCUUUGAGAGGAAGGCCGUGGUGCCUAUGUACUAG